UCCAGGUCUCUGCGCGAACUGCACUCACCACUCUCGAGCGCAAAAAUGCAGAAAAUAUGAAUCGCGUACCACGCAGGCAAACCGGUCUUGCGAUAUUCCACGCGAAAACACAGCUGCGCUUUGACAGAGUCAGCAGAUCAAAAGAAUCGGUAUAUCACAGCCGGUAGAACUUUCACUGUAUAUCCAUAGAAAAAUUACGGAACUAGGAUGUGGAAGCGUUGGAUAUUAUCACUGACAAAAACAUCAAAUGCCGGCCGGAAUUUUCAUACUUCAAAAAUACUGAACGAAGCUAAGUUAAUAGAUGGUAAAAAGAUAGCUGGAGAAAUUUUACAGGAAGUUAAACAGUCUGUUGAUUCUUGGGUGCAAUCUGGCAAUAGAAGACCUAAAUUAGUUGCGAUACUCGUCGGACAAGAUCCUGCCAGUACAACUUAUGUGAACAAUAAAAUGAAAGCAGCAAAAUCAGUUGGAAUUGAUAGCGAAACUAUAAUGUGUCCAUAUGAUGUAGAACAAGCUGCUUUGAUAGAAAGAAUUCAAUUGUACAAUGCUGAUCCAUUGGUGGAUGGCGUAUUGGUACAAUUACCUUUACCAAAAGGGAUAAAUGAAAAAGAAAUUUGUCAUGCCGUGACCCCUUCUAAGGAUGUUGAUGGAUUUCACUCUGAGAAUAUAGGGAAUUUGAGUUCUGACAAAAGUGGAAUUGUACCAGCAACAGCUUUAGGUGUAAAGGAAUUAAUAAUCAGAACCAAAGUAGAAACAUUUGGAAAAAAUGCUGUUGUUAUAGGGAGAUCUAAACACGUAGGAUUACCGAUAGCCUUGCUUCUUCAUGCUGAUGGCAACGGUGAAACAGGUGCUUUGGAUAUGACUACGACAAUUUGCCAUCGGCACACGUCGCAUAUAGAGUUAAAAAAAUUUACCAUCUUAGCUGAUGUGUUGGUGGCAGCUGCGGGUGUGCCAGGCUUGGUAACUAAAGAUAUGGUCAAACCUGGAGCAUGUGUAAUAGAUGUAGGGAUAACUAGGGUCAAAGAUGCACGAGGGAAUUUCAAACUAACUGGAGAUGUCGAUUUUGAUGGAGUGAAACAAGUUGCCGGGCAUAUUACACCUGUGCCUGGCGGAGUUGGACCAAUGACCGUAGCCAUUUUAAUGCAAAAUACUCUUUUUGCAGCUAAGCGUAAUCAACAAAAUGAAUGAUAAUGUUGCCAAUCAUCUAAUACAUUCUCGUGCUUAAGAAGUGUAAAUCUAAAGAUAAGUUUGUAACUUUUGCAAGCUUGCGAAAUCGUAUUGCAAUUUGAUAACCGUUUCAACAGCAUUACUGAUUGCUGUUUGAAUAAGUCAUCAAAUUUUCAUAAGUAUUCUUUCUAGGUAUUGAAACAAUGGGCAGACUAUAAGGGAAUGAAAAUUAAAAUUACUAUAAUUUUUUAUUGAAACUUACACUACUGUAACAAGUAAUGGGAACCAAUGUACGAAUUUUUACAUUAUUUUAGCCUAAGCUGGGUGAUAGUCUGUUUAGAAUUAGAUUGGUAUAUUUUUUGUCAUUCUAAAAACUUCUCCAACAGUAUGCAAUAUUUACACACCUGUA